AUGAAGGACUAUGACGCCGCGCUCAGGAAUGGUUUCAAAGCCCACGACAUGUGCGCUAAAACUGCCGACAAGUCACUAUCUGCGGUCACCAACUUCGUGCUGCAGUGCAAGAAGGACCGCUGGGAGGCCUUGGAACGCCGCCGUAUCCGCCAAGGAGCCGAGCUGGAGAGCGAGACGUUAGACCUCCUCGAGCGCGAAAAGGAGCAGGCGUUGUCCGAAGCGCUGGACGAAUCUGACAGGCGCGACAUUGCGGCGGAGUGGGAUGAGAAACUCUCAGAGCUUCGGCGCACCUUUGAGCAGGCCCGCGCAGCUGAUUCGAAGCGUCGGGUCGUUCCGGACUGGGUCAUUGACGACAUUUCCUUCGGCAUCAUGCUUGAUCCCGUAAUUACCAAGACUGGCAAAUCAACCCUCCUGCCCUCGGACUUACGACCUAACCUGUCGCUAAAACAAGCCUGCGAAGAGUUCCUGGAUGAGAACGGAUGGGCCGUAGACUGGUAG